GGCUGGCAGCCAAAGGAAGAACACCUCCUUCUGCCAUAGUCAGCAGAAUUUUUCUCAUCUCAGAGCCAGGAGGAUGAAUUGUCUGACCACAUGGAGCAGAGUAACAGCUGCAGGUGGUGGGACUUAGGAGUUCUACCUGAAGAUCAUGCCAGGUUUGUACUGCCUGCCCACCUGGACUGCCCUCCCUUUGAAGAGCUCGUGUGUGAAGGCCUGUGCCAAUGGGUAUUCCCUGGGAUUCACGGCCUACCUUACUUACGUCAACUUGGAGCACGAGCCGGUAGAAGGAGUGUUUGUCUAUCCGCUGGAGGAGUCGGAGGUGGUGGCCAGCUUUGAAGCUGUGACGGGAAGCAGAACCUUCACCUUCCAGAUCCAGAACCGGCACAAGGCAGAGGAUUGCUGCCUUGACUGUAGCUCCACUUCGAACCAGCCUCUCUGCUGUACCAAUGGUCACCUGAUCCUUGACGAAGACUUGGCUCGUUCCAUGUUCAUCAUGAGCACCGGCCCUGUCGGGCCCUCCGAAACUGUGACAGUGGUCUUCAGCAGCAGCCAGGAGUUGGCAACCCUGCCAAACGGUGCCCUGCGUGUCGCCUUCCCCUCUGUGCUCACGCCCUUCGUUUUAUCUCUCCCCGAAAGUGAAAGUGAGGCAGGAGGCUUGUGUGACGACAGGUUGGCCCUAUGUUCCACCAGCUGUUUUAGAUCCAGCGGGCUGAAGAGCGAGCAGUCUUUCCUCCUGCCACCCAAAGACACUGAUAUCUUCAAGGGGGACGUUUACAAUCCUUUCCCCUAUGAGUUCAGUUUUGAAAUGCUGGUUAAGGGACCCUGUUUGCUGGCAGGAUUGGAAAGCCCAUCCCAUGCCCUUCAAGCAGAUGCCAACCCUUAUGCCAGCUCUGCCUCAACUAUUUGCAUCACCUUGGCAGAGAAACACAAGUGUGACCGGAACCUGGAAAUUAUCCUGUAUCCUUGUGAACCUCACCACCCACACCUCGUCAUUGAAGACGGCGCCAUGACUUACCAAGAAUAUGAGGCUUCCAUAAGGAACCGUCGGGACUACGCACGGAUUGCCAAAAAAGACAAUGAUGGGGAGAGACAGGUGACCUUUGUUCAGAAGAGGUUCCACAAAGACAUCUUCCACAAUCCUGUCCUUAUGCUGAAUUUCUGCCCUGAGGUGGGCAGCACCUCCACUGAUUUCCAGACUGUGACGCGGGAAAUGCUCUUCCUCAUAGACCGAAGUGGAAGCAUGUGUGGCUCCAGCAUUGAUGGAAUCAAGGAUGCUUUGUUGGUGGCCAUAAAGAGCCUUCCUUCCAACACCUUGCUAAAUAUUGCUGGCUUUGGCUCCAACAUCAAGCCCCUCUUCAAAACCAGCAAGCCUUGCAACAGCGAGAACCUCAGAUUGGCCUGUGAACACAUUCAGAAGCUACGGGCUGACAUGGGCGGAACCAACUUCCUUGGUGCACUGUCGUGGAUCGUGGGGCAGCCUCUUCACCGCGGGUAUCCACGCCAGCUCUUUGUCUUCACAGACGCCAGCGUGAGCAACACAGGCAAAGUCAUUGAGCUGGUCAGGAGGCAGGCAAGCACUGUCAGGUGUUUCACCUUUGGUCUGGGAAGUGGUGCCUGCCGUCGGCUCCUACGGGGAAUGGCUAAGGUGAGCAGAGGUCAAGCUGAAUUCCUGAGCCCAGGUGAAAGGCUACAGCCUAAGCUGAUGAAGUCUUUGAAGAAAGCCAUUGAGCCAGCUGUGAGUGACAUCACGAUCGACUGGUAUGUGCCAGACACCAUGGAGGCCCUGUUGUCACCCAAUGAGAUCGCGGCCUUGUAUCCUGGAGACCGGCUCAUCAGCUACUGCACUCUGUACCACAUUGCCAGCUUCCGGGACAAGAAGGGCAGAGAGCAGCUGUGCCGGAGCCUGUCCAAGGGCUCCACGGGCUCAGUGUUCCAGUCCCAGGAGGAGGCGAUAGGUCAAGAAGCAGUCUACUUAUACCCACCCGGGGAAAGCCAAGACAUUUAUAAAGCCCUUCAUGAAAUUUCCCGUGAGAUAUCCUUGGAGUUCUCCGCUGGGGGCACAGAAGAGUCGGUGAAGAGCGGAGACAUCUGGAAGCGAAUUUACCAGCCCUCCUACAUCCAAGAACAGUACGUGCUCACCCACUGCUCCGUCAGCACCGACCGCAGCCAGGGCUUGCUCUCCCACAGCUCCACCAGCAGUGAGUCCACUGGCUCCAGGGAUGUGCCCCCCGAGGGAGGCUCCUCAGCCCAGGCCCUGGAAGGCUGCUCUCAGCAAGGCCAGAAGAGUGUCUUCCUCUGCAAUUCCUCCACCAAGUCUGCUCCCAUUGCGCAGGCUCAGCAGGGGGCUGGGAAUAAGGUAUCAGUGGCCCUGAGUUCUGAAGAGCUGGUUCGAAGGAAUAAAGUGCUCGCCCGAGCUGCCCUCUCUGGCCGCAGCUUCUCGUCCCCACAUGGCGAACUGGAUGCCCAUCGACUGCGCCGGGCUCUGGAGAAAGUCUCCCAGAAGAGGAACCGGUCCCUGGAAGGGAAACUAGAUGAAAUUGGGCCUGAGCUGCAGAAGAUGCGGAAGAGCAUUGGGGAUUCCAGCAACUUAUUGUCCCCAGCCCACCUAGACUGGGACACCCUAUUGGAGCCUCCAUACCUUUUCAGCCCAUCACCAGCAACCGAGCAAGGGGAGAGCGAAGGAAGCGCUUUGCCGUCCCUCCAGUGCCAGAUUGUGAUCCACGCCCUGAGCGCAGGGAAGCCAGUCUCCUGGGAACUGACUGCUGCCUUGGAUUCCCUGCUUCUUUCCCGGAACAGCCAGGCCAAAGAGGAGUCCUCCAGGCAGUGCCAGCAAAGUAAAGCCUGGGACAAGUUGCUUCACCGCUUGACGGCAAACUCCGUCAUCCGGGAUAACGAGAACGUUGCCCAGAGGGAAGCCGAGCUGGAAAAUGGUUUCUCACGGAGAUUCCGCCUUAAGGCAAUCCAGUCCAGCAAGGCUUGUAACACACCCUCUAUUUAUACCUCCAUGGUGCCUGUGGAUUCUUUCACUCAGGAAACCUUACCCUCAGCACUUGAGGUUCGCAGCAUAGGGGGCUUGUACGGCCACCAGCAAGGGUCCUGGUCUGGCAGCCGGCGUCAGCGUAGUUACUCAGCAGGUCUGGGACGGAGGCAGGACUCAGAGGAGCUGGACGAUGCCCCCGUUUCUACAGAAGAGAUGCCUCCUUCUCCUGUUAAUGUCAAUUCUUCUUCACGUGAAAAGCAAAAUUGUUCUGAGGGUAAUGAUCUCAGCUCCUCUCCUGUCUCUGUGGGUUCCCAGAAGUCAGUGGAGAAUUUUGUAGGCUCCAGGUUCAGCAUCAGCCGGCGACGGGGACAAGGUUUGGCGCUCCGGCCACAGUGCCUGACCCCCCCGAGUGAACUGUCCUCUUGCGACAGUGCUGUCCACGACUACCUUCCGCUGGUGCAUCUGCAACAGGCCCCAGGCAUGUUCCAGCUGAGCGAGAGCUUCUCCGAGGUGGUCCAGAUCCCCCUGGACCGUUUGCGCCGGGCCUCUCCCUACGCCUCCCACCGUGCCAGCCUCAGCCCUGCCUCCAGCACCUCCCCCUGGGCGCUGAUCGCCAAGGGGAGCCCCAAACCGACCGCAAACCCUCCUUCCCUGGAUGGCGGCGAAGAACUCGCAGGAACGGGCAAAGAGGGGGCGAUGGAGCAGGGCUCGCCACGCUCCCAGAGCACCUGCUCGGAGGUGCUGAGCGCCGCCGUGUGGGCCCAGGCGGACAGUGGGCGGGGCUCCGAGACCGAUGCCUGCGACCACUCGCCCGACGCCUCGGAAGCCAGCCUCAGCCUGCAGGAAACAGGCCUGGAGGCAGAAGAGGGCGACCUGGAGAGCAUGAGUUGGGCUACAGCCGUGGCCCUGGCGUGGCUGGAGCACCGCUGCGCCGGGUUCUUCGUGGAGUGGGAGCUGCUGGCGGCCAAGGCUGACGCCUGGCUGCGGAGCCAGCAGCUGCCGGAAGGCGUGGACGUCGCCACCCUGAAAGGGGCCGCGCGGCAGCUCUUCCUGCUGCUCCGCCACUGGGACGAGAACAUCAAGCUGAACAUGCUGUGCUACGACCCAAACAAUGUGUGAAAAGGGCAGCU